UGAAGAAGAAAUCUCUGUUCUCCAGGAAGAAUUUCACCAUGGCUGUUUCAAUCGAGAAGGAAACCCCCAUCGCCGUCCGUCCCGAUACGUUCCUUACGGAAUACGAUGAGGCCACGGGAGGCAUCUCUUCCGGCUCCUCGUCGAUUAGGGCUCGUUUCGAGAAGAUGAUUAGGGAUGCUCAGGAUAGUGUUUGCAAGGCCAUUGAGGAAGCGGAUGGUGGGGGGAAGUUUAAGGAGGAUGUUUGGUCUAGACCUGGUGGUGGCGGCGGUAUCAGUAGGGUUCUUCAGGAUGGUGCUGUGUGGGAGAAGGCUGGCGUUAAUGUCUCGGUUGUGUAUGGAGUUAUGCCUCCUGAUGCUUACAGAGCUGCCAAAGCUGCUGCUGGGGAUCACAAGCCUGGGCCUAUUCCUUUCUUUGCCGCUGGCAUUAGCUCAGUUC